AUGGCGCCUCCUCCCGUUUCUAUCUACGUGACAAGUCUCACAUCCCAGCCCAAAGUCAGGCAGAAUAUCGAACUUCUCAGAAGAUCACUUCGAGCUCUGGAGAUCCCAUACACCGAACAUGAUCUGGUUAUGGACGAAGAAGCCAAGACGCGAUGGCAACGCGCCAAACCUCCAGGGCAGGUCAUCGGCCUACCAGGGUAUCUCGUAGGCGGUGAAUGGGUCGGAACUAUUGACGAUUUCGAAUACGCGGCCGAGACUUCCACCCUUCCUGCCUUUCUUCGCCAAGACGUCGACCUGGCGGCGGACCAGUCCAUGGGCGAGGCAGACCUCGAUCGUCUUCUGCGGGAGAUGAGCGAGGCAGACCUUGACACGUUACUGCAAGAAGACAAUAAAGAACUGGACACAAAGCCCGCGCCAAAGGUCGACGUUCCUAAAACCGCCCCCAAAGCAUCGGACGCGAGCUCGGCGGCACCCAAAGCGGACGCGUCCUCCGGUGCGGUCCCCAGCGCGAAGGCGGCGAUGGAGAGCGUGCUUCCCUCAGGUGUGGGAGUGGCGGGCAUCUCCACGGCGGCACAGCAGACCAUCGCAAGCAUCACGCAGAAGGCGCAGGAGGUGAUAGAGGGACUGGGCGGACCCGAGGCGCAUUCGGGUACAGCGGACGAUCCGAGGACGCCCACUUCCUCCACUUUCCCCCUCAAUGUCCAAAAGGCAGCCGCUCACCCUACCGCCUCCAGCUCGGACAAGGCCAUGGUCACCGAGCCCAAAGCCAUCGAUACCUCCAACGCGGAAUCUUCAUCGUCCAGCCCGGAUUUUGCCGUCGCCUCGCCGCUCUCCACUCCAUCUCGGGCCGCUGGGCUCGAGGCGAAACACCGUUCCAGGCGAUUGAGCAAGGAGGAUAAGGAGGAAAUUGCGCACAAGAUGAUGAGUGCCAAUAGUGUCGAGGGGCUGUUGGAGAGUCUGGACAUGGCGGAGGGGAAGGAGAAGAGGGAGUAG